AGUUUGAUAAGGCCAUCAAUACAUUCUGGGUAUCGUGAAUCAAAGACAGUGCAGACAGAAUCUGAGACAGGUUGCUUCGGCAAGACUGGUUCCAAAUCGAAACUGGAAAAAAUGUUUACGACGAGAAAUAAACACAAAUUUACAGCUCGUGAUAGUGUGAGGCUGGAUGAUAAAGUGAGAUAUCAACAGUUGAUUCAGAAAUUUACCACAGUGCCAUUGGAGGAGGAGAAAGAUAAAAGUAAAAUUAACGAAACUAUCAAAGAUCCAGUAAGAGUUCCACAGUUACCAAGGUUUUAUUUUAGCUCAAACAACAGUAUAUUGGGUUCAACUAUACAGCAACCUCCAGAUAAGAUCGAAAAACCCGUCCGACAAAAAAUAAAAGUACAGCCAAGUCAGUCCACACCUAGACAACAAAUAACCACAGAUAAUGGAACUUUGCAUGACGAUACGUUUAUUCCUCUAACAGACAUAUCAGCUAUACCAUCAGUACGUCCAGAUAUACGUCAUACAGAUACUAUAGAUCUCACAGAAGACCAGGAGCCAGAAACACAUGAAAGAUUUUUUGGUUUCAGGGACAGAAAGUUAAAGACACCUACAAAUGAUUAUAGAGACUGUAAAUUCCUCUCAGAAAAUUGGAUAAAGGAUUUAACAUCAACAUACAGUGCUAAGUCUCGGGAAAGGGAGAGGCAACUUGCAGAGGCUCAAAUCAAAGCAAAAUUAUAUGAAGAACAGAGGAAGCAAGAUGAGGCGGAUCUCGAGCGGAAGAUACGUCGCCAGAUGUAUAUACACAAGAAGACACCGGUGGUCGUUGAUGAUUUACCGGUGUCUGAUAUCUCGUCAGAGGAGGAAGAAGAAGAUGAAUGUCAGAUAAUAGAAGAGGAAGAAGGUCUUCCUGAACUGACAGGUGAAAUGGAGAAUAUUAUAAACAAUGCCCUGUCACGAGGAAGUCCUGGUCAAGUCCUUGUAGAUAAAUUCCGGUUACAGAUUACAAAAGGUGAUAUAGCCACAUUAGCUGGCCUUAAUUGGCUAAAUGAUGAGGUGAUAAAUUUUUAUAUGAAUCUCCUGAUGGAAAGAGGCGAGAAGGAUGGCAAUUCCAAAGUUUAUGCUUUCAACACAUUUUUCUACCCCAAAGUGAUGAGUGGAGGUCAAUCAGCCGUGAAGCGAUGGACAAGACGGGUGGACGUGCUUGCAGUAGAUUACAUUUUGAUACCUGUACAUCUCGGCAUGCAUUGGUGUUUAGCAGUGAUCAACUUUAAGAAGAAGGAUAUUCAGUAUUAUGAUUCAAUGGGAGGGAACAACACACAGUGCCUAAAUGCUUUAAAACAAUAUCUCUGUGAUGAAAGCUUAGAUAAAAAGAAGUCAGAAUUUAAUUUAACAGGUUGGAAAUCAACUAUAGUCAAGGAUAUACCUCAGCAAAUGAAUGGAAGUGAUUGUGGCAUGUUUGCAUGUAAAUACGCUGAAUAUAUCACCCGUGAGGCUCCUAUCUCAUUCACACAGGCUGACAUGCCGUAUUUCCGACGGAGAAUGGUUUACGAGAUAGUGUCGGCAAAACUGUUACAAUGAUAAUGAAAAGACUGAACUUGUUUGUUACCCAGCAUGCUGUGAUGUUUCAGCGUUACGUCACCGGCACAAUUCAGUCAUGCUUUUAAUUGACAGUACACACCUCUUCUCAGGCAGCUAUUGCGAAGAAAAUUUGAGAACCGACUGGUACAGAUUUCAUGGGAGGUAAUUUCCAUGGUUACCUAACCGGAAAUGAAAAAUUCUUCUGAAGUACAUGAAUAAAAUGUGAUGUGUCUUUAAAAGAAUGAAUCCUACUGUAGCCAGUUCAUAAUGGAUGAGGGAUAUUAUUUUUGAUUAGAAAAUGGUACAGCUAUCUGGUGUUGUACAAAACUACUGAAAGUUAUACUAUCACAAAAUAGUUCAAACAACACGGUGCUCCACAGAAUGAUAUGAAUUUUGUAGAAUGAUCAUUUUUCUUGAAAUGACUAACAUAGAACAUCUGAGAUCAUAUAUUUGUGGUAUGGUGCAUUCGCAUGAUUGACAAAUGAAAUAAGUUUUUCAGGAGGAAACAAAAUAUUUGCUUAUCUUAAUUUCGAGACUUCUUGGUGCAAAAUAUUGAAACAUUGGAGAUUCAUGAUAUAAUAAUAAUGUUAAUGAUAGUGCAAUUAUUUAUAAAAAUGGUAUUGUCUAGUGAUAAAGUUAAUUUUGUGACAAAAAGGGUUGUAGAUAUUUUGUUGAAUGGUGAUUCCCAACAUUAUUUGCAAACAUUGAUGCCUUGCUUAUGAAAAUGGCUGACUAUACGAAAUGUAUUGUGAUGUGAUAAUUAAAUGGAUAAAAUACAGAAAAUGUUUCAUGUGGGUAUAUUUCAUGGUUUUAAAUGAAAGGUUGAAAUAUUGCAGGGUCUCUCUCUGGCUUUAUUGUGAAGUAAGAUGAUUCUAAACCAUUUUGAGGAUUGACUGCAAAACUGUUGCAAGUCCUUCUUAAUUUCAUAUUAGUUACUGUAGUUUUGCGGUCAUCCCUCAAUUGGCAUCUCACAUCUUGAGCUUAAGGUCCUUCAUUGCAAGUUUUCCAUUUUGAAUUCUUUCUGCAAAGAUAUCAGUUUCUCUACUUGUUAUAGAGUAUGUAAGCGAACAGCAUGGAUCCUGAUCAGACUGCGUGGAUGCACCCGCUGGUCUGGAUCCAUGCUGGUCGCAAACCCAUUAUGUUGGUUUUGUCAUGGCGCAGCUCAUUUACGUUAGCCUCAAAAUUGGUGUGGAUUUGCAAUAAGGGGACACAUUGAUAAGUUUAAAAAGAAUUGUUGUAUCGUAUAUAGAUUUGAAAUAACAAGACAUUCUUUUUCUCAAGGUAAAAAAUGCUGUUUUAUCACAUGCAUACUUGAAAUAAUAUUAUGGUCUUGUUAAUUGGAAAUAAAAUAACAGGAAACAAAAAAAA